AUGUUGGGAUGUCUGAAGAAGCCGGUUGUGGUUACUGCGGAGAUAAACAUGAACCUUGUGGCAUUGACUGUGAUGGGAUUAAUAAGCCGUCUUUGGGGGCUUUCCUACCCGCGGGCUGUAGUUUUUGACGAAGUUUAUUAUGGCCAAUUCGUUUCGCUCUACAUGAAGCGGAUCUUCUUCGUGGAUGACAGCGGCCCACCUUUUGGCCAUAUGCUGCUCGCUCUGGGAGGUUACUUAGGAGGAUUUGAUGGAAACUUCUUAUGGAACAGGAUUGGUGCUGAGUAUAGCAUGAACGUUCCUGUUUGGUCCUUGCGACUCCUACCAGCACUGGCUGGUGCUCUCUGUGUGCCUUUAGCAUACCAGAUUUUGGUAGAACUGCAGUUCUCCCACUGUGCUGCACAUGGAGCUGCUCUCCUCAUUCUCUUAGAGAACUCUUUGAUUACUCAGUCGAGGUUCAUGCUUCUGGAAUCAAUACUGAUUUUUUUUAUCCUGCUUGCAGUUUUGUCCUACCUGAAGUUCUACAAUUUGCAAAGGCACAGUUCCUUCUCUGGAAGCUGGUGGUUUUGGCUUCUGUUGACUGGAGUGGCUUGUUCUUGUGCAGUUGGAGUGAAAUAUAUGGGCCUGUUUACCUAUAUGCUGCUCUUGGCCAUCGCAGGACUCCACUUCUGGCACAUGAUAGGAGACCAGAACUUCUCAAAUGUUUCCUUGAUGUGCCAUUUUCUAGCUAGGGGACUGGCCCUCAUCAUCAUCCCAAUGGCAAUGUACCUGUCCUUCUUCUAUGUCCACUUGACUUUGCUGUAUCGCUCUGGGCCUCAUGACCAGAUUAUGACCAGUGCUUUCCAAGCCAGUUUAGAGGGUGGGCUGGCUCGAAUCACUCAGGGUCAGCCCUUAGAGGUAGCCUACGGCUCUCAGAUUACUCUACGGAACGUGUUGGGCAAGCCCAUGCAGUGCUGGCUCCAUUCUCACACGAAUACUUAUCCCAUCAGGUAUGAGAAUGGCCGAGGUAGUUCCCAUCAACAGCAGGUGACCUGCUACCCCUUCAAGGAUGUGAACAACUGGUGGAUUGUCAAAGAUCCUGGAAUGCAGCAGCUGGUGGUGAGUAACCCACCCCGUCCUGUCAGGCAUGGACACAUCGUGCAGCUGGUCCAUGGCAUCACGACUCGGUACCUCAACACGCAUGAUGUUGCUGCCCCUCUUAGCCCCCACUCCCAAGAAGUGUCCUGCUAUAUUGAUUAUAACAUCUCCAUGCCAGCACAGAACCUCUGGAGAGUGGAAAUUGUAAAUCGGGAGUCUGACACAGACGUGUGGAAGACAAUUCUGUCAGAAGUGAGGUUUGUUCACGUGAACACCUCUGCAGUGCUAAAGCUCAGCGGUGCAUCUUUACCCGAGUGGGGAUGCCUGCAGCUGGAGGUGGUUGGAGAGAAGCUGUCCAAAGGCUACCACCAGAGCAUGGUGUGGAAUGUGGAAGAGCACAGAUAUGGGAAAAGCCAAGAGCAAAAAGAGAGGGAAGUGGAACUCCACUCUCCCACGCAGAUGGACAUAAGUAAAAACCUCAGCUUCAUGGCAAAGUUCACGGAAUUGCAGUGGAAAAUACUCACAUUAAAAAAUGAAGACACAGAACAUAAGUACAGCUCCUCUGCUCUUGACUGGAUCACAAUGGACACAAACAUUGCCUACUGGCUCCAUCCGACCUCCGGUGCCCAGAUCCACCUCCUUGGGAACAUUGUCACCUGGGCUUCAGCUAACAGUGCUGCGCUGGUCUAUAUGUGUCUGUCCCUGUGGUACUUGAUACGACGACGGAGAAAGAUUUACGACAUUCCUGAAGAUGCGUGGCAGCUGUGGGUAUCAGCUGGGGGGAUCUGUGUUGGCGGCUGGGCUGUGAAUUACCUGCCCUUCUUCCUGAUGGAGAAAACACUUUUCCUGUACCACUACCUGCCUGCCCUCACAUUCCAGAUUCUCCUGAUUCCCAUAGUCUUACAGCAUCUCAGCGAUCAUCUCUGCAGGUACUUGGUUUUAACAGAUAGCAUGUUCAGUGCAUUGAUCGUAGCCUGGUUCUCUUCGGUUUACCUGGUCUAUCGCACAUUCAGCCCUGUGACCUACGGGGAGCCCUCGCUGUCUGUUACUGAACUCAAGGACUUGCGCUGGAAGGACAGCUGGAACAUCCUUCUCCGAAAACAGUAA